AUGGAGAUUUUUAAGAAAUUGAAGAUUAACAUACCUUUCUCCGAAGCCUUGCAACAAAUGCCCUCAUAUGCUAAAUUUCUGGAGGAGCUCCUUACUAAGAAAAGGAAGUACAUUGAAGAGGAAACCAUUGAAGUUCAAGGAAACUACAGUGCUAUCAUCCAAAAGCUUUUACCUCCCAAGUUGAAAGAUCCCAGAAGCUUCACCAUUCCCUGCACUAUAGGAAAUCUCAUACCGCUCUCCAUGUUUGAAAAGAUUAAAGGUUUGGAGCUCAAGCCUACUCGAAUGACUCUCCAACUAGCAGAUAGAUCUCUGAAAUAUCCUUUUGGGGUAGUUUAA